UUAUUUGUGGUGCCACAGAAGAUUUCAAUAUCUCCCAGUGCUUUUGGCCAUGCUGGAUAUGAACAUUACUCUGGUCAGUGAGUUCAUUCUGGUGGGCUUCCCUACAGCCCCUUGGCUACAGGUUCUCCUAUUCUUCAUUUUCCUUGUGGUCUACAUGUUGAUUAUAGCGGAAAAUCUUGUAAUUAUAUUCACUGUCUGGUCCACUGCUUCCCUCCACAAGCCCAUGUACUAUUUCUUAAGUAGUAUGUCCUUUCUAGAGAUCUGGUAUGUCUCUGUCACAGUCCCCAAGAUGCUAGAUGGAUUCCUCCUGCAGAGACGGCAUAUCUCCUUCACAGGCUGUAUGACUCAGCUCUACUUCUUUAUCUCACUUGCCUGCACAGAGUGUGUGCUCCUGGCAGCUAUGGCCUAUGACCGCUAUGUGGCCAUCUGCCACCCUCUUCGAUAUCCAGUCAUCAUGACUACAGCUUACUGUAUGCAGCUAAUGGCCCUCUCCUAUUUUAGUGGUUUCAUGGUCUCUGUUGUCAAAGUCUAUUUCAUUUCACAUGUUGCUUUCUGUGGAUCCAAUGUCAUGAACCACUUCUUCUGUGAUAUCUCACCAAUCCUCAAAUUGGCAUGCAAAGAUAUGUCAACAGCUGAGUUAGUACACUUUGCUUUGGCUAUUGUCAUCCUUGUCUUCCCUCUUAUCACCACUGUCCUCUCCUAUGUGUACAUAGUGUCCACCAUUCUGCGCAUACCAUCCACUCAGGGAAGAAAGAAGGCCUUCUCUACCUGUGCCUCCCAUCUCACCGUGGUCAUAAUUUAUUACACAGCCAUGAUAUUCAUGUACGUCCGACCCAGGGCUAUUGCAUCUUUUAAUUCCAAUAAACUCAUUUCAGCUGUGUAUGCUGUCCUCACACCCAUGCUUAAUCCCUUCAUCUACUGCCUAAGGAACCAGGAAGUCAAGGAUGCAAUCAAAAAGACUCUGGCAGGUGGCCAGUGCUUCCAGCUCUGCUGAUCCCCUUGCCUUGAGAAAGAGACA